UGAACUUAGUCCUCCAGCUGGUGGAAAGCAUGGUGCCGGCUCUUGAUUUCCUUCCAGGAGCUCGGAGACCGAAGCCAAGCCUGUCAUUUUACAGGCAAGGACACCGAGGCUCCAACAGCAGAUGGGACUUAUCCAAGGUCACACAGAGCUUGAACCCAGUUCUUCUGAUCUUCUGUCCAGAUUCUUUCCAUUGCAACAUGACUUUGUUAUUGUAGUACCUGAUUGGCAUCAUUUUCCAUCAGUUAAUAAGCAUUUAUUAAGUACCUACUUGUGCUCGGCACCAUGCCACAUGCUGUGGCCACAGAGAAAAGGCAAAACAUGUUCCCUGCCCUCGAGCUCACAGUGCAAUGGGAGAAAAAGAUGGUGCGACCACUGUACUUGGACCCUUGUGCUGAGCACAGUGCCUGGCACACAGUGGGUGCAUAAUAAAUGUUUGUUGACUGAUUCAGGACAGAGAACCUUCCCAGCAUGGGACAGUCACGUCACGGACUGGAGAAGCAGCCUGGAGGCCCGAGAGUUGGGUCCUAGAGCCCCUGGGGAGGAGCCAGUUUCAGAUGUCUGCUGGACGUCCAGUUCAAGAUGUCUGAAGGGCAGUUGGAGCUGGGAGAUUGGAGCUCUGCCUUCUCCCCCUCAAAGGAUCCUCAAAGAGGCAACAAUGACUUCAGGGCUCCUUUCAGCCAUGCCUCAGGCGGCACUGAUGUUCAGGGACGUGGCCGUGGACUUCACCCGGGAGGAGUGGAGACGCCUGAGCCCGGCCCAGAGGGACCUGUACAGGGACGUGAUGCUGGAGAACUAUGAGAACCUGGUCUCUGUGGGCCAGGUGCAGUGUGCUGACCAGGGCAACAGGUGCCCAACUGUCAGCAGCCUCAGGCCAAAGAUCCUUCAGACUUCGCUUUCCAAACCCGAGGUGAUCUGCCGCCUCGAGAGGGGAGAAACCCCCUGGGUGCCCCGGCGAGGAGCCUCCAGGACCACUUGUCCAGGUUCCCAUCGUCAGGAGACUAGCUGUGACAGCAACAGCAUGACUUCCAAGCAGGAUGUUGUUAUAGGAGCACCGUCUAAGGAAAGACUGGCAAAGAGUUGGUAUUCCAAGGCAGGAGAAACUUGGGGGUGUGAUGGCAGGCUAGGAAGACAGCAGUGCAGCCCGGAGAGACACGCCAGACAAGUAACGGGCACAAAUGGAAAGCCUGAAGGUGAAACAUUUGGAAGAAGUUUGAAUCUGGAGUCCGUCUUUGUUACUACACAGAGAACUCCCACAGAAAAAAGUCUCCAAAGUCAUGCAGUUACAAAGGGCAUAAAACAGUUUUCAGAACUAUUUAAAUAUAAUAGAAUCCCCCUUGGGAAAAUGCUUUGUAAGUACAAUAAAUGUGGAAAGUCCUUUAGUUAUCACUCUGAUCUCAUUCAGUUUCGUAGACAGCAUACUGGAGAAAAGCUGUAUGAGCGUAACGAACAUGGGAAAGCCUUCAGCAAAAGACCAUACCGUACUCAACGGAAGAAAAUUCGUAAUCGAGAGAAACGUUAUAUAUGUAAUGAAUGUGGAAAAGCCUUUAGUCAGUGGGGAAGCCUUAUUGAUCAUCUGAGAAUCCAUACCGGAGAGAAGCCUUUUCAGUGUAAUGAAUGUAAGAAAACCUUCAGCCAGAGGGGAACCCUUAUCAGGCAUCAUAGAAUUCACACUGGAGAGAAGCCCUUUGAAUGUAAUGAAUGUGGGAAAGCCUUUGGCAACAAUUCCUGUCUUACGCUGCAUCAGAGAAUUCAUACUGGGGAGAAACCUUAUGUAUGCAACGAAUGUGGGAAAGCCUUUAGUGGGCGGCAAAACAUGAUUCAUCAUCAGAGAAUUCACACAGGAAAGAAACCAUAUCAAUGUAAAGAAUGUGGGAAAGCCUUUCGACACAGGGCAUCCUUUGUUUGUCAUCAGAGAAUGCACACUGGGGAAAAACCUUUUCAUUGUAAUGAAUGUGGGAAAGCAUUUAGACGAAAGGAAAACCUUACUGCACACAGGAGAAUUCAUACUGGAGAGAAGCCCUUUGAAUGUAAUGAAUGUGGGAAAACUUUCAGCAACAAUUCUUGCCUUACUUUACAUCAAAGAAUUCAUACUGGAGAGAAACCCUACAAAUGUAAUGACUGUGGAAAAGACUUUAGGCACAGGGCAUCCUUUACCUAUCAUCAAAGAGUUCAUUCUGGAAAUAAACCAUAUAACUGUAAGGAAUGUGGUAAAGCUUUCAGUCAAAGAGCUAAUCUUAUUGAACAUAUGAGAAUUCAUACUGGAGAAAAACCUUUUGAAUGUUAUCAGUGUGGGAAAGCCUUCAUCAAUAAUGCACGACUUACAGUACAUCAGAGAUUUCAUACUGGAGUGAAACCUCAUGAAUGUAAUGAAUGUGGUAAAGCUUUCAUGCACAAGGCAAGCCUCACAGCGCAUCAGAGAAUUCAUACUGGAGAGAAGCCCUAUAAAUGCAGUGAAUGUGGGAGAGCCUUCAACCAGAGUGCACAUCUUAUGAGGCAUCAGAGAAUUCAUACUGGAGAGAAACCUCGCAAGCCUAAUGAAAAUAAGAAGACAGCCAACCAGUUGGGAAUCCUGGGUGCAAAUGAGUCAGUAAAUACUAGAGAGAAUCUUUAUCAUUGUGAUGAAUGUGGGAAAGGUUUUAGGCAGAAAUCAUACCUUUCUCUCCAUCAGAGAAUUCACACUGGAGAAAAACCUUAUCAUUGUAAUGAAUGUGGAAAAGCUUUCAUUGGGAGAGGACAGCUCAAUACACAUAAAAGAAUUCACACUGGAGAGAAACCCUUUGAGUGCAGUGACUGUGGGAAGGCCUUCAGCCGAAAGGAACACCUUACUGCCCAUGAGAGAACUCAUACCGGAGAGAAACCCUAUCAGUGUAAAGAAUGUGGAAAGACGUUUAGCCAGAACUCACACCUUACAGUACAUCAGAAAACUCACACUGGAGAGAAACCAUUUUUGUGUAAUGAUUGUGGAAAAGGAUUUAGCUACAGGACCUCCCUUAUUUCACAUCAGAGAAUUCAUACUGGAGAGAAGCCCUUUGAGUGUAGUGUAUGUGGAAAAAACUUUAGUCAUAGACCAUCACUUAUUAAACAUCAAAUAAUUCAUACUGGAGAGAAACCUUUUGAAUGUCUUAAAUGUGGGAAAAGCUUUACCCACAGGUCAUCAUUUAUUAAACAUCAAAGAAUUCAUAAUGGAGAGAAAGCCUACUAGUGAAAUGAAUGAACAAAAGCCUUUAGCCAGAGGGGAAAAUUUAGAAGGGAUUAAUGCUGAAGAAAAAGCCUUUGACUAUUGAAUGUGAAAGCUUUUGUCCUGGUUCUUGAUUAACUUGUUUUCAGAGACCUCACAGUUGGAGGCAGCCUGAUGUGAGUACUGGACUUGGAGUCAGGAAGGCUUCAGUUCAGAUCCUCUCUCUUGACACUUUCUAGCCAUGUGACCCUGAGCAAAUCGAAUCUCUUUGGGCCCAGUUUCCAAAUCUGUCAAAUGGAGAUGAUCGCACCUACCUCACUAGAUUGUGGUGAGGUUAAAAUGAGAUCAUGUACUUAAAGCACUUUGCAAUCCUUAGAGCGUUAUAUAACUGAACUGUUAUUUUUUAUCCCUGGUGAGAAACUACAGAAAAGCCAAGACUGUGGGAGAGCCUUUUUCCCAAGGUGAUGUCCUACUGUACAUCAGAGAAUUUAUACUGGUGAAAAAAAUUCCAUAAGUUUACCGAAUGAGGUAAAGUCUUUUGUUUUUUAAAUUAAAGUUUUAUUUUUUUAAUUAA